GUGUUGAAGGCAUUUCUGUUCAGUGCAUGCUAAUUGCUUGUACCUCUUAAAGCUCUCUAAGCUGUUUUCUUUGUUGAUGCCGACGCAUAUUAUUUGUUCUUCCGUUCCCGUUUCCUUUGGUGGCUCCACGGUGCACUGUCCGGCAGCAUGCUUAUAAUGCCCGGCGGCAGGGUGAAGGUGAUUGACUUCGACACGACCAAGGUCUGCCACGGCCAUUGUCGCUCGGUUGACUGGUGGUCGUCGGGCAUCGUCAUGUACAAACUGAUGACGGGCAAGGUGCCGUUCCGGGGCAAGACGAAGCAGAUGCUGCGCGAGCGGAUCAUCACGGCGCCGCUCAAGUGGCCGCGGGCCACCGACCAGCACGGCCACUCGGCCACCACGCCGGCUAAGGACAUGACGUACCGCAUGCUGCGCAAGAACCCCGCCGAGCGGCUCGGAUCGCGCAUCUACGCCGACCUCAAGACGCACUCCUUCUUCGACGGAUUCAACUGGAAGCAGCUGUACACCAAGAAAGAACUCGUCGAUAUACCCGCCAUCAAGGAGGUGCAGGAAGAGGACAAGAAGAAGGCCAGCGACAACGCCGGCGAUGACGACGACGAGCGGCGCCACCAGCAGAUCGACGACAUGACCGACAUCUUGCCCGAGAUGCAGAAGCCGCUGCUGUGCUACGCAUCCAAGAGCUUCCGAAAACUGAUGCUCGCGCUGAAAGAAAAGCGCGGCAAAGUCAACGCGGACAUGAUGGACACUAGCGGUAACGAGAGCUCCGAGCUGCACUACGACCGGCCGAAAUCCAACUCCGAGAGCAUACCCGAAACCUCUGAAAACCGAGAAGCCCUCGAGAAAGUCGACCUGCUCCUAUUCAGGAAAAAGAAAUUCUACAAGUUCUGGGGCUACGGCUUCUCGUUACGACGGACCAAGGGCGAAGACGAUUCCUACUACAUAUACGUGGAAACGGUGACCGCGGACAGCCCGGCGGACAAGUCCACCGUCCUUCCUCUGGACGUGGUGCUGUACGUGAACGGCAAGUCCGUGAUGAACGAGUCCCUGUCCAAGGCGCGGAAGCUCAUCGCGCGCACAGGCGACACCAUGGUGCUCUCGGUGAUGUCGUGCAGCUCCUACCGGCUUCUCACCACGCGAAGGGACAUGUUCAGCAUCAUGCGCUCCGUGCCCAAGGAACAGCACCUACCAUGGCCUUGUUUGUAGAGAAGCCAAUGCCUGUCCACUUGUUGCUACGUGUGGUGAUGGUGAAGAAAACCUGGUCAGAAGAGGCCUGGUAGUGCCAGCUGGC